UAUGAACUGAGGCCAUUGGAAGACAGGAAUAAAUCAGUAAAAAGGGGGAAGAAGAAAUAAAGUGACAUUAUUUCAUAUCAGUAGUUAAUGCUAAGCUGUGUCCACUUGACGUAGUGCUGUAGACUGGUGUAGAGGUGUAGACUGCUGGUCCCAGCAGCCCUGCUCUCCUGCUGACUGCUCAGUUGAGUGACAGCUCGAAGCCUCCGCCCAGAACCGCUACAGCCAGGCUGCGAGCCUCCAGCCUCCACCCCGCUACCAGGAGCUGCAGGAAUGACCGACAAUAUCCCCCUACAACCCGUGAGACGGCCGAAAAGACAAGACAAUAAACACAAGAAUGGGUGUUGUCCGUGGUCGAGAUGCUGCGGCAUGGGAGACUUCCGUCCCCGCACCGUGUGGCUCGGCCACCCAGAAAAGAGGGAGCAGAGGUACCCCAGGAAUGUCAUUAACAACCAGAAGUACAACUUCUUCACCUUCCUGCCUGCGGUACUGUUCCAUCAGUUCAAGUACUUCUUCAACUUGUACUUCCUGCUCUUGGCCUGCUCUCAGUUUAUUAAGGAGCUCCGCCUAUACGCACUCUACACCUACUGGGUCCCCUUGGGUCUAGUUUUAACCAUAACCAUCACAAGAGAGGCGGUAGAAGAAAUCAGAUGCUACAUUCGAGACAAAGAAGUGAACUCUCAGAUUUACAGCAAGCUUUCAACAAGAGGCACGGUGAAGGUUAAAAGCAGUGGGAUUCAAGUUGGAGAUCUUAUAAUCGUGGAAAAGAACCAGCGUGUUCCUGCUGACAUGAUCUUUUUAAGGACCUCUGAAAGAAAUGGCUCCUGUUUCCUGCGGACUGACCAGCUGGAUGGAGAGACAGACUGGAAACUACGCCUCCCAGUGGCCUGCACGCAGAGGCUGCCAACUGCUGCUGACCUUCUACAAAUCAGAUCGUACGUGUACGUUGAAGAGCCGAACAUCGAUAUCCAUAACUUUAUAGGAACAUUCACCAGGGAGGAUGGAGACCCCCCAGUCAACGAGAGCCUGAGCAUCGAGAACACCCUGUGGGCCAGCACCGUUGUCGCCUCUGGCACAGUGGUGGGGGUCGUGAUUUACACAGGCAGGGAGCUGCGCAGUGUCAUGAACACCUCCAACCCACGGCACAAGGUGGGUUUGUUUGACUUGGAGGUGAACUGUUUGACUAAGAUCCUGUUUGGGGCCCUGGUGGUGGUGUCACUGGUCAUGGUGGCCCUGCAGCACUUCUCUGGCCGUUGGUACCUCCAGAUCUUUCGCUUCAUACUCCUCUUCUCGCACAUUGUUCCCAUUAGUUUGCGUGUCAAUCUAGAUAUGGGAAAGAUGGUUUUCAGCUGGAUGAUCAAAAAGGACUCCAAGAUCCCGGGGACGAUGGUGAGGGCGAGCACCAUACCUGAGCAACUCGGACGCAUCUCCUACCUGCUCACCGACAAAACAGGGACUCUCACUCAAAAUGAAAUGGUGUUCAGGCGGCUCCAUCUUGGAACUGUGGCGUAUGGGAUGGACUCAAUGGAUGAAGUGCAGAGCCACGUGUUCAGCGCAUACACGCAGCCCACCCAUGACCUACCAGCCUCCAGAGGUCCAGCAGCCACAAAGGUCCGCAAGACCAUCAGCAGCAGAGUUCACGAGGCAGUGAAGGCCAUCGCCCUGGUGCACAACGUGACGCCGGUGUACGAGGCCAACGGUGUGACGGACCAGGCCGAGGCGGAGCAGCACUACGAAGACACAUGCAGAGUCUACCAGGCCUCCAGCCCAGAUGAGGUGUCGCUGGUGCAGUGGACUGAGAGUGUCGGUCUGACUCUGGUAGGAAGAGACCAGUCCUCCAUACAGCUGCGGACCCCUACUGGACAAAUACUGAACUUCACCAUCCUGCAGAUAUUCCCCUUCACAUAUGAGAGCAAGAGGAUGGGCAUCAUCGUGCGAGAUGAAUCUUCAGGAGAGAUCACUUUCUACAUGAAGGGUGCUGAUGUGGUGAUGGCAGGCAUCGUGCAGUAUAACGACUGGCUGGAAGAGGAGUGCGGGAACAUGGCGAGGGAAGGCCUGAGGGUCCUGGUGGUCUCUAAGAAGUCCCUGACAGAGGAGCAGUAUCAGGACUUUGAAGCGCGCUACGUGCAGGCCAAGCUCAGCGUCCACGACCGCUCUCUGAAGGUGGCCACCGUGAUCGAGAGCCUGGAGAUGGAGAUGGAGCUCCUGUGUCUGACUGGGGUGGAGGACCAGCUCCAGACUGAUGUCAGGCCCACGUUGGAGAUCCUUCGCAACGCAGGCAUCAAGGUUUGGAUGCUGACAGGAGACAAGCUGGAAACGGCCACAUGCACCGCAAAGAACGCCCAUCUCAUCACCCGCAACCAGGACAUCCACAUCUUCAGAUCCGUGACAACCCGAGGGGAAGCCCACCUGGAGCUCAACGCUUUCAGGAGAAAACACGACUGUGCGCUGGUGAUAUCAGGAGACUCGCUUGAGGUCUGUCUGAAAUACUACGAGUAUGAGUUCAUGGAGCUCGCGUGUCAGUGUCCCGCUGUGGUUUGCUGCCGGUGUACCCCCACACAGAAGGCCCAGAUAGUCAAACUGCUGCAGGAGCGCACAGGCAAGCUCACCUGUGCUGUAGGGGAUGGAGGAAACGAUGUCAGCAUGAUCCAGGAAGCCGACUGUGGCGUGGGAGUGGAGGGAAAAGAAGGAAAGCAGGCCUCGUUGGCCGCCGACUUCUCGGUGACUCAGUUCAAACAUCUAGGCCGUCUCCUCAUGGUCCACGGUCGGAACAGCUACAAAAGGUCUGCAGCCCUGUGCCAGUUCGUCAUCCACAGGAGCCUGUGUAUCAGCACCAUGCAGGCGGUCUUCUGCUCUGUUUUCUACUUUGCUUCAGUCCCUCUCUACCAAGGAUUCCUGAUUAUCGGCUACUCCACCGUGUACACCAUGUUCCCCGUCUUCUCCCUGGUGUUGGACAAAGAUGUCAAAUCUGAGGUUGCCAUGUUGUACCCUGAGUUAUACAAAGAUCUCUUGAAGGGUCGACCACUUUCCUUCAAGACGUUUCUAAUAUGGGUCUUAAUAAGUAUCUAUCAAGGGAGCAUCAUCAUGUACGGGGCGCUGCUGCUCUUCGAGUCCGAGUUCGUCCACAUCGUCGCCAUCUCCUUCACCUCUCUGAUCCUGACGGAGCUGCUGAUGGUGGCCCUGACCAUCCAGACGUGGCACUGGCUCAUGAUCGUCGGCGAGCUGCUCAGCUUGGCGUGUUACGUGGCCUCGCUUGUGUUCCUGCAUGAGUUCAUAGACGUGUACUUCAUCACCACGGUAUCGUUCCUGUGGAAGGUGACCGUCAUCACGCUGGUGAGCUGUCUGCCACUUUACAUCCUCAAGUACCUCCGCAGACGCUUCUCCCCGCCUAGCUACUCCAAGCUGACCUCCUAAAGACUGUGGAGGGGCCGCCGCCGCCGCCGCUGCUCUCUUUUCUUGUGGAGGAAACAGAGAGAGAGACGUCUGACUUCAUCCAGCCGCGCCUUCGCUUCUACCAGAGAAUCAAACACGGAUUACUCCCCUUUAAUUUACCUGACUUUGAAGGACGAACUGUUGUGUCUGGGACGGGUUGGUUACUGAGAGUUGGUGAUGAAAGCGCACUUUAACUUGAUGUUGAUGUUUGAUGCAAAGACUAACUCAUGAAGAACAGCUGCAGUGAAUUGAAGAUUACAUUAUUAUCCUCUCAGAAUUAAAGACGUUAAAAACUCCCGAUGUGCAGUGUGAUAAAAUGCAACCUGUAGGCGCCAAAUCCUAAAUAAUGCAGGUCCAGUUUGUUUUGACAGUUUUGAAAGUGAGUGGGAAACGCUGGUCAGUUCAGUGAAUGUGUCAUCUGGGCUGGAAACUCUCAUUUAGUCGCGUCUUAAAGCUGUUUUUACCGUCAGACGCUGAAUUUGACGUAGCGUUCUCACCCAGGAGUUGAUUCAGUCUCUCCUUAAACAGUGACUUUCUAAAAGCAGUUUGAGAAACACACGGUUCAAAAAACAAAAGUUUACUGGCUAGACUUUGCAUAAAACACACGUCUGAAAGUUUGUGUAUUUGUUGAUGCGUCACCGCGACGUGACGGUCCUGCACGGCGGAGGUGGUGCGGUUGUUUAUUUUAGCAUGACCCGUGAUGUCUGAUGUUAAAUCUGUCUUAGUCUCUUUGUACGGACCCUGAGUUGUUAGUGUUUGUGGAGCGCGGUCAAAACAGCCACAAAGGAGCGCUGGUUAUUUGUAGCUGAGAAACCUUCAGCCGGGGGCUCCGUCCUGGCUGUGUGGUCUGCAGGAGAAUUUGAAGCCUCUCAUGUGGCCUGCUCAGCAAGGCCAACGCCGGCUACUCUAAGCAUUGCAUGAUGACUCACUGUAACAGUGACCUAAAGCCAUAACUGAAAAUAUCCCACUGACCAGAGUCCUGCUGCCCCUCUUUCACGUCGUUAAACCCAGGGCUCCCUCACCCCCUCCCUUCUACUAACCUCCACAGGUCAGCUGCAAAAAGAAAAAGGGAUCAAUCACUUCUGCUUAAUCUAAAACAAUGUGAAUAUUGUCAAUAAGUAUUACUAACACUGCACACUGACAGAAAAAGAAGGCACUUCUCAUACUUCAUUUCACUUUGAGUGUGAAGGUGAAGAUACUGUAAAUAAUCAGCAUCUAACACGAUCAGUCACUUAUCAGGCAAAUUCAAAGAUUUCAAUCUUAAUGUAAAGAAAGUCAUCUUGUCACGUGACUCGACUCUCGAUGUGUCAAACAGAGCGACCAGGGUGCCAUACAUACGUCGUCAUUUUUUAAAACUGAAAUAAAAAAAUCCAAACUGAAUUCAGCGAAGUGUUUGCACAGAGUUUUGUUUUGUACGACUGAUUAUUUAUAUUUUUAUGUUGUAAGAGAAGGAAAGUGAUGCCACAACGGUUCGGUUUGCUUGUAAAUAACCAGUAUUUUUAAUUUAUUAACAUGUUUUAUUUAUGGUGUUGAUCACAGUCAAAUGAGCGGAAACAAAAAGGGAGAAGUGCGUUGAUGUCAAUGUUGUGAUGAUGAUGAUUAAUAAAUCUCAUGUUUUCUUUA